GUGGUUUCGGAAUAUUGGGUAGGCCUAUAUAAGCCUACACAGACACACGCACACACCCCAGUCGUCAGAAUUGCUUCGAUAAGCAAUAUUUUCGUCACCCUCGUACUUUCGGCAACCAUUAUCAAGUACCGUUCCCAGUGUUAAACUAGACUUUUGCCAACCAUGAAGAUCCUUCUUGUAAUCUGUGUCUUAGCAGCUUUUUUCUUGAGCAGCGAUGCAGUCAUCCGCAAAUUGGGCACAUGUGAGAAUGGCAGAGUGAGCAUCAGCUGUCCGUUCAACCGCAAAAUUAAAAUUCAUUGCGCCACCUACGGACGCUCUGUUUCAACUUCUAAGCGCUGUUCGACCUCCUCAAUGAGAUAUCAAGACACGACGUGCAUUUCGCAAAAAUCAAUGUCUAGGGCCAUACAGUACUGCGAAGGAAAAAGAUCGUGUAGUAUCUCUGCUACAAACGGUGUUUUUGGUGACCCCUGUGUCGGAACACGCAAGUAUCUGGACGUUUUGUACGAGUGCGUCAAGAAGUGCUAGAACUGAUCAACUCGACCGCGUUUAUUGACAACAAGAACAAGGAAAAAUAUUUUAAUUUCAAACUUUGAUAAUGAUGAUUCUUAAUGCAGACAUUAAGUUUGAGCAAUUAUGGGUAUCCUACAACUAUUUUCUAUAACCUGUCUAUUGUCAAGUGUAUUAUUAUUUGGGAGUAGAGAAGAAUAAUACCUUAACACUGCACAGUCCAGUCCCAAUUCAGGAGAUAAUUUAGGGUCGGCUAAGGAGGCAGUUUUGCCACUGCCGUCUUUUUUUUUCAAACAGAAAUAUUUCUGUGCACAUGAACUAUUAUGAAUUAUUAUACCAUUACUUAAUACUUAUUUAUCUGUAUAAUUAUAAUCUCUAAUCUUUUCAAGCUCAUUCAUUCCCAUUUUCUAAUAUAUAACCGAGUGGUUAUUAUAUUGUCCAAUGGCCUUUUUCACAUUAUACCAUUGUGGUUUAUGAAUUUAUCUCCUCUCUUGGAAUUUUUAUGUGCAUUCACUUUAUAUAAUAAAUUUAUUUGCAACCAAAA